GCAACUGGUGGUUGAAGAGAGAGCACGGAGUUUGUCCUCCUUCACCGAGUACAUAACUUGGAUCGGAGUAUAUAUUGCCAAGUGAGGCCAUACAAACUUCAAUCGACAUUUUGUUUGUUACUUCUCAUCGAUUCGCUUAUACCACAAAACAUUUUUUAAGCGCCCAUAAGUUUGGUGAAUUAAGUCAUGCAGAAUUUACUACUGACACGAAAAGCAGAUUCUAGUCCAUCAUCAUUAUGACAGUUUUAUUGUGAAUCCAGUUGUAAGCAUCUUUUAUACGUGAAAUAAAAGAUGUGAUAUUUCUACAUUUUUAAGGAUACUGCAUUGGUGGUGAAGUGUGUAAUUUGGCAGAGUCGUGUGGGCUGUUGAGUACGGUUCAAUAAUUAUGGAUGUCAUUAUUUCAUGCUGUCUGACUUAGAACCGUCUGUGCAAGACCAUCAGGGAGCAUACACACCAACUUACAAUGGCCGAAUUUAUUGGUAAAUACCUAUGCCCGUGCCUGCCACUGGAAAACGUCAGUGGGCGAAGAAGUGCCAGAUCCAAGGUUAGAGCCUUGGCCAGGAAGCGCCACAAAAACAAUCAAGGUGGACAGAUGAGUACAAGUGGGGUGGAAGAUUCGGUGACAAUCACUCGAAACGGGAGCCUUACCAUAUUUUCGAUCUCAGGAGCAGGGGACGAUGUUCAUGGCUACGGGGAUGCACUCCGGGAUAAAGCUGAGCUGCCGGGGACAGUAUCCACCGCGGAUGAUAAGGAAGCAAGCACGGAGGAACUCAAAUACAACGUUGCGGACGGCACUAGGGUAUUAUCAACAGAGACAUUAAUGAGGAUUCCACAGCCCAGCAAAGCAUACGUUAGUAAUGUGAGGAUGAGAAGGCUCAUGAAAGAAUUCAAAGCGGUGACGAAAAUUACCGAGGAUGCAAGGAAAAUGGAAUCGGAGGAAAAGGAACGACGUGCAAAUGAAAACAUAGAUAUAGACCAAAAUAAAGAUGUAUUGAAAGAGGAAGUUGACAUUAAAGAUGGUGAGAAGAGUGAAUGUGUAAAAGAAAAAUCUGAAGCGAAAUUGGAGAGCAGUGAAAAUGAAACCGACAAAGAAGAUGAUUCUGCAAAGGAAUGUAACAAUAAAUCUGAAAGUGAUACAGAAGCUACAACUAGUUGUUCCACAUCUACGGUAGAUGACACAAAGGAGAAUAGUGAAAGCCAAUCACAGGAAGGGGCAGAGGCAGUCAAAAAGGCAUUAUCGGAUGGUGGCUUCAUGACUUAUGAGAAACUAACAGGACCACCAUACGAGGUGGAGCUAGUCAAUGAUAGCCUGGCCGAUUGGAAUAUCAAAUUAUUUCACGUCGAUCCAAAAUCGGCUCUAUACAAGGACAUGAAAAAACACAACUUCGAGUACAUCCUGUUCAAUAUGACCUUCCCUGACAACUUCCCCUUUUCUCCACCGUUCGUCCGCGUUGUCAGCCCACAUGUCGAAUAUGGUUAUGUUCUUGAUGGUGGUGCCAUCUGCAUGGAACUGCUCACUCCGCAAGGGUGGUCUAGUUCCUACACCAUCGACGCCGUCAUCAUGCAGCUUGGUGCGACGCUAAUAGCGGGGGACGGUCGAAUCGUGCAGUCUGGAUUUCGUACUGAUGUCCCAUUCAACAAACAAGAGGCUGAGGUCAGUUUUCGCGCCAUCGUGGAAACACACGAGAGAUAUGGAUGGCAUAAGACACCAGGAGACAACAGUUGAUCGAAGAGAUUAGAGUUCUGUGUUCUUGAGUGUAAGGUUAAUCUUAUAAUCACCUUGAGGAUAGUUUGUUUUGGGAAACAAGCAUCGCAUGGGAUUGUGGCUGAUGAAAUGCAUAAUGCAAUGUGAUGUAAAUUCAGCACAUUGUCGUUUAAAACUACAACAUUAAAGAGCAUCACUGAAGUUUUUGUUUCUUUGAUAUUCGGUGAUGUUGUCCAUUGGAAGCACAAUUAUGAAUAGGUGAAGUAAAUCCGACGAAGGAUAGGGAAUAACGUAGUGCGAGUUGAGCUGUGAGCGACGAUCUGAUGUUUGUCGUCCCGAGGCAACCCUAAAGCCUUCUGGAGAUUAUGAAUGUCUUUCACCUCUUUAAAUUUGUAGAUAAUGCAAUGAUGCAAUCAAAUUAUAUGUCACCGCAGCAAGACGUCAUCAGCAUUUAUAAACUGUAACAUUCCUUCACUAUUUGAAAAUGAAGGACUGUGAGUUAUCACCGAAAAGUUUUUCAAUUUGCAUCUGUUGUCAAGUAUCAUCAAGUUUUCUUCUUGAUCAUGCUUGAAAUAUUCUGUCUAUUACACUGAAUUAUGCACGUAAUCAUGGUAGUGUUUUGGUAAGAAGUAUUCAUCUUUUCAUUUGCUAGUUUUCACCGAUGAAAAGUAAAAGUUUGUGAUGCCCACGAAAUCAUUCAAUUUCUUAAGGGAUUGCAUUAUUAGUAUUUAUCCAAUAAAGGCAAGCAAAUGCAUGCCAAUUAGGUCUACCUACUUGGGCUUAGUAUCAAUAAUGGAUGUUAUUAUCUUGAAACGUCGUAUUGAGGUAUUAACUCUUUUCUUUAUUACAUUUUAUAUCCCAAUGCAUUGACCUAUUUUCAAUAAUAACACUACGUGUAAUGUAAGCUUACUCUUUGCUUACAUCUGAUGUUGCUAUGUCCGGAAAUCCUCUGGCUAACAUGCAGGAUGCCAAGUCCAAACUUUGUUAUAUACCUAAAAUCAUCCUUUUAAUCUGAUGAAUACCACAUACGCACGAGUUCACCUCACGUCGUAAUUGAUUACAGCAUCACACUGUGAACAUUUUGGGGUUUAUAUAAUAUUAUCAAUAAUAUUCUUAUCAAACUUACGACAAUUUGACUUGUAACCAGUGAAGUAUUUCAUAAAGUGAUAUUUAAAUGCAAAUCCUUGCAUCUGAUUAGCUGAUUGAGUAAAGGUCCGUCAGUAAUGAUCCACAAGUAUGGCUGUUAUAAGAUGAACAGGUUCUUUCAAUCAAGAACUUAUAUUACCUCACAGAAGCAGUGAGUGUGGGCUGGGUAAAUUAUUGGUGAAAAAUAUCAGAGUUGUAAUUAUGAAAUGAGUAAAUCUUCAAUAUAUAAUAUCGGUAACACGGAUGACAGAUUGCCAUGAGGAGAUUGUGAAUGGUUCUAUUACUUCGAGAGGUCAUUGAAUGCGAUAUACGAUCUUAGUAAACAUAACAUGUUUUCAUUACUUUACUUCCAUUUAUACGAAAACAACGCGGUAGCCUGAAGAACAAUUAACUUCAGUUGGAUAUUGGCCAGAGGGUGUAGGUAAGUCGAACCGACUGAGCAUAAUAAGUCUUUAUCCGGAUAAAUCUAAUGCAUACUACACUCUAAAAACACUGAGUAAAAAUUUACCCAAUAAAGGCAACAAGCAUGUUUGCCGGGUUUUUUAUUCACCACAUUUUUUGCUAUUUGAACGCAACAUUGCGUAAAAUUUAUAAAAUAUUUGUUAUCUUUUUUACCCAACCAACAUGCAUGUUCCAAUUUAAUCCAAUAUUGGUAGACACGUUAGAUAUUCGGAUGGACGGUUUCAUCUUAAGAUGGUAAGGUUCAUUAGAACACAUUUACAUCCAGAAAAUUGAUAUCUAACUGCGCUGCCUAUAUGGGGAUGUUAUUUUACAACCCUGCCAAUAGUAGUAACAGAAUAUUGCAAGCCCAUUUAGUUCCCAGUCAGUGCAUAUUCCAAUUCUGAUUCUUUUAGUUGUCAUGGAAACGUAACAUCUGAUUUUGUAUGAAUGGGUUCUUAAUUAUUAAGAUGGACUCACUGUAAAUGGGCCUUGGCCCAGGGUAUUUACGGAUAUGCGUGGUGUACUAUAUGAUCCAUGGAUGUUGUUUAUAGCAGUAUUAAAAGGACUUUCUCUUUUCGUUUCCUGUUUUAGAAGCUUUCCUAGGAAGUCCUAUCAGAGACUUCGCCUCCAGAAUCUUCCAUAAAAAGAGUUAUUAUUAUUCUUAGAUUAUUGUUUUCAGGCAUGGCAGAAGUCUUUUGUUCUUGUUGCCCACAAUUUGAAAAAUGAUUAGUCAAACAUAUCUUUAAAACAAGGAAGACUAAUUCUAAGAUUUGUAGUUUAUUUACUAUCUCUGACAAAAUUUUGAAAUUUACUUUUAUUGUCUAGAAGUUAACCCAUCAUGCUAACAGCGAAGAAUUGACAUUUUAUAAACAAAAUUGUAUUAAUUGUAGUUAAUGCUAAAUGUACUGUCCUUUCAACGUUGCCUUCUUUCUAACAUUGUUACUGCCUUUUUAAAGAUAAUCAUAAAGUUUGAGUCUUAUAAUUGUUUUUAACAGUUUAUGUGAUUGGAACUUUCGCGCCAAUUCAACAGACGUCUAAUUAUGUUACCAUAGCAACGAGAGAUACUACAUAUCAUAUACUGGAAUGGUUACACUACAAAAAAGUCCUUGAGUAUCUAGGUCUAUUGUAUAAAUCAAUUAUGAUUUUGCUAUGAUUCUGCAUUCAUAUUGAAACAUUUUCAGGAGGUAGGGCGUUUUCUCCUGUCUAGUUUGUGACUGGUAAAAGACAUGGGAUGUAAUGUGUAAAGAAAAUGUAAAAGUCAGUUAGUGCGUAGUACGAGCACUCAUUUCGGUAUGAUAACACUCGAUUUGAUUCAGUCAUUGUUUCAUUGACAGAUUAAAAAAAAAGUAAAUUCAAAUCAACUGUGGCAAAAUAGUUCAAAAAUCCCUGUAUUACUGACACAAAGAACAAUUAAUCGAAAUUAUUUCAUAGGCUGGAAAUAUAAAGAGAUUAGUUGAAAGCCCAUUGGUUCUGCAGAACCAAUCACCUUCUGCCAAAAAAAAAAUGAUCGGCAUCAACAAUGAACGGAGCCGCGUAACUCCUGAGCCCCAGCUAUACGCUUACAUCAGAAAGUACGCGUAGUUGCUAUUGCAAUUACACCGAGAGGGUCCUGUCAAAUAUUUAUACAUCAUAAUUGCAAUUCCGUAUUAUUUUUGGUAUUACACGCAGCCUUGACUCGUCUAGAUACAUUGCUAUCGCAUAAUACUGCGCUGCAUUCUCGAGAGAAUCUAUAAUUAUAAAGGAUCGCACUGAAUUGAUUAGCCUUGCCUCGAACAAUAGGGGAACAAUAGGCUGUUUCGUAUCACUAAUUUGAGUUUGAAGUGGGUUGUUGCUACAAAAGAUUUAAAAUCGGUGGAUAAUCUGAAUAGAUGUAUGGAGUUUUAUUUUUAUUAAGAUCAUAUUAAAUGAUAAAGAUCACCUGAUUAAGUCUUUCUUAUCAAAUAGAUUAUUAUGUAGUCUGCCAUCAUUAAGCCUCUCAAUAUGUAAACUUAUUACGCCCAUGUAUUAAUCAUUUUAUUUCAUUUUAAUUUUCGUAGCUUUUUUAUUAAUAUUAAUCGUUAUAGGCAUAUAUUACACGUUUUCUCGACAAUUUGUCGUUGUUGCGAUGAAUUAGGUUUUAACCAAGCUCCCUAUUGUACACACACAAUGAAUCUGACGAAUACACCGUAUUUUCGACUAUAUCUCUACACAAGAUGAUAAUUGCGUCCUUAUCUUUUACCCAUCGACUUUGUAUUUUGCUGGGUACAAUGAUCCCUUGAUUGGAGAGAAAUCGGGUUAUAGCAUCCAAUACAUCUCCAUCAUGCCCGUGGCAAUGGUCAAUUAGCAUUCAAAUGUGCUGAUCAUGCAUGAUGCUGAGGUAAUUGGAAGCCUAAUUAUGAAUCUUUGGAGAGAAUAGUGGUUGAUUAGAAUCGUUGACAGCCAAAUUAACAUGGUGAGUCGACCUACUUUCAUCUGAUUACGAUUAGAGUGAAUAUUGUGGAUGUACGAUUUUCAUUUUGAAGAAAUACAAUCCAAAUGUGAUUAGGAGUUUAAUCGUUUUAUACAUAGCAGUUUGCACAAUAUCAUGUUUCCCUUCGAAUAAUCGAAUUUGUAGAAAUAAGGUAAGUUGACAGUAUUAACAGAACUCAUACUCAUGCGCACGCACCCAUUAUGAAUGUGCACACACGCCCACUGGCAGGAGCUGGGGCCAUGGCUCCCCAUAAAAGUCCGAAACCGUGGGGGAGACAAGGAAGGAAUAGAAAAGGAAAAGGUAAAAAUAAUAUGACAUUAUUUAUUGAAUAUUAUGUCAAAAUCUAUCACAAAACGAGAUUUUCGUCUUAAAAAGGCAAAAAACUACGACUUUAAGCUUGCCCCACAGACACCACGUGGCCCCCAAAUUUUGGGUCAUUACGCCACUGCGCAUGCCUAUAUACCGUAGUCGUGUUACCAUAGAGUCUCUAUGCGUCUUGUACGAAUACACACACAUCAGUUUUUCGACGUGCAAUUGAUUAUAAUGAAUCGUGACAAGUCAUUGAAUGGUCUUUUUUCUACCUUUCAUAUCUUGCAAAAUAAUGACAAAAUGAGAAAAAAAAACUACUAAUAAAUAGAUAGAUAGGCAAUAUAAAUGGUAAAAAAUAACAAAACAAAUACAUGCAGGCAAAGUAGAUAAAAAAAAUAAAUUGUGCCAUGAUUUAUAGGAAAAGUAUUACACCAUGUUGACAGUAAGUUAAACGGUAUCAGGGAGAUGAAAUUUGAAAAACAGACACAUACAUAUUGAAACGUGCGCAUCUUAAUUUGCAUACUUCCCUUGGCGUUUUCAGCCGACAUUACGUGAGUUUUCUGUUAAUGGGACAAAUAUUUAGUAUUCAGUUGAGAUCUUGAUAACCGGUCCUAUAUACCAAUGACACACGACAAUUUGGGAAAUAUGAUACAUGUAGGCCGAAUUAACCAUUAUUCAAAUUCCCUGUUGGUAGUAUGUUUUCAGUGUUUUCUAUGCCCUGUUUUGAUGAAUCUAUUUACAUCCUAAUGUAAUAAAGAAAUAUUGAGUUUAUCUCUCACCGUGACAUCUUAAGUGCUCGGUAGAGGGAAAAACAUUUGCGUAACCACAUUAGAUUACGCCGAGGAUAGUCAUUAUAUAAGAUAGACCUUUUUUAUUUCAUCAUGCCUAUGGUUUCAUAACGGCGAAAAGUGUGUAUGUGAUCGUAAUAUUAAUCUCAAUUUCUAUUCAAAAUCAAUCCUCCGAUGAAUACAAGUAGUACGUGAUAAAAAAUCAGAUCUAAGCGAUCUAUAGUAUUUAAUAAUUAUUCUCUUCGUUGUUUUACCGCACUGCAUGUGGUUUGAAUGACAAUGCACACCGCAGUAUGUAAAAUGCUUAAAUUGGAAUUCUGUUCAUUGAGGUCAAAACUAAAAUUUGAUAGUUUUUAUUGACAUAAACAUAAUCAAAAUAUAAAGAUUUAAAUUUUUACGUUCUAUUUGUUGUUAGAAAAAUCACACCGCAGUAUACAACAGAUAGGAGUGGUUGAAUUUAACUGCCAUUAAGUCACCUUUUUUUACUAAGCAAUAAAACAUCAAGGGCUGCAGAACGGGAGGGGGGCUAAAGCCCCCCCCCCCCCCUCCCUCCGCCAUUUUUUCCAAAACCGUGUACAAAACAUAAAAUUGACCACCCUGCAGAUUGUACUUUUGGUAUGGUCAGCCCUUCAUUUUCAAAACCGGUCCGCGGCCCCUGAACAUAAUAACAGCAAAGCAACAGUGAUCGUAGUAUCGACAUGCAUAACCAAUAAUAAAUUCCCCCGUCUCCGUAGCGCCUCUAAAUGUCAUAUUAAUCAUACAGGUUUUGAUAUCAUUUGACAUGUAUAGUUUAUCCCCUCUACAGUUUUUCAAUUAAACAUUAUACGGUUGAAGGUAUUAGAGAGUGAAUGUUCAGAAUUAUUUAUACCGUAGAAGAGGGUAAACGACAUACAUCAUCACCAGGUUUGAAGGCAUGUGUUAGAAUAUUUCUGCGGCAAUUCCCUCGUUUUCUUAUGUAUUUCUUUUUGUGAACUUAAAUAUGCUUAUUUUUCAUAAUGAUAAGUACAAACGUUUCCAUUUGUUUAUCUUGAAUAUGACAAUUAUCUUAAUCGCAGAAGCCGUUAAAAAAUCCAAGGAUUCUUACGUCAAUAUAGCGGUUAACUAAUUUGUGGAGGUGGACUUUGUUAAGGGGAUGGAUGGUUUCAAGAAUGUUAUCGGAGGUUAGCUAGAAAAAUAGUGGGGCAAUUUGGUAUUUAAGGUGUACAAUGAUGUAAAGAAUCUCGAAAUCUAAAAAAAAACGUUUACCAAAGAGCACUUGGAUUGAAAGAAGGAGAUAUAUAAAUCGGUUUCUUCACGAUAAGAUAUGUAAAAUAUGUAGCAAAAAGAGAGAGAGAGAGAGAAAGGAUUAUCAAAAUGUUCCAGCUCCCCUUCCUUCGACAUGAUAAAGGUUACCAUUGGACAUAGACCUAUCUCCUCUCUUUGGCUACAUUUCUCACUGUUUUGGGGUACUAUAUCCUUUAGUAUUAGAAUCGCGCACUACGUCAGCAUAAGAAAAUGGUAGAUCAAUUUCAGGCUAGCCUCAUUAGACAAUGUCGAAUACGGCCCUAAAAUUAAUGAGUUUGCAGUUAAGUAUCCAAUAAGUGUGUCCAAUUUUAAUUGCUGAUCAAAUAUAUUUGGCACUUUCUGGUUGGAUGCACUUACCCUGUAUACAUUUGUUAAAUUCAAAUUUUAUUUCGUUGUAUUAGUUUAUUCAUUGAAAAUAGUAGUUGAUUACAUGCAUAUAGUUUGAAACCUACAAGGAGAAAGUAAGUUUUUCUUCAGCCACAAGAAAUGUGCAUAUUCUCUUACUUAUGAUUAUUUUGAUAGCAGAAUGAAACUGUUCCGGAAUUUAUUCCGCGUAGAAGUGUUGAAAGCGACGUUCAGAUGUUCUUUAUAGAUUCUUAAUCACAAAAAAAGUUCAGAUUUUGUAUUUGGAAUAUUUUUAGUUACACAAUUGUUUGGGGGUGGGGUGAAUACUGAUCUCAAACAAUUCGCAAUGAGCAAACUUCAUUAAUAAUGAAGUCAUCUAAUAUAGCCUGUAUAUGCCUCUAUUUUUUUUAAAUUAGAUUUCAACAGAUGUCAAUCUCGUGUUAACCUUUUAUAUUUGAAUUCGAAUUCAUUUUUAUAACAAAGUUUGACAUAAAUCAGACUGGCCUCAUUUACAUUAUCCCAAACUAUUACAAAAUUAUUUGUCUUUUGAAAAAAGUUAGUUUCAAUAGAUAAGGAAGCUGUAUGACCUUCAAGCAUCUUAUAUGAUACAUCGAAGGCCUCAGACCACAUCCUUCGAUUUGAUGAGAUCUGCUCUGAGAAGUCAAACUCAGUUGUUUUUUUUCUUAAAAAAUAUAAACUAUAGUUCACAUUGCAAUUUCCAUUCUUCCUCCUAAAAUGGAAUAAUAAAAGAAAUUCAUUCCGUGAUUAUGCCAUUUGUUAACUAGCAUAGGUAUUGUCCUUUAAUGAGAAAUCACAGAAAUCAAGAAGAAAGAAAAACCACCACGGCGAACAAAUUUCAUACCCCACAGAGUUAUUUUAUGCUUUUUAUUGGUGAGCAAAAUCCUUGGAUUAUUCCUUCCAAAAUAACUGUUCUGCUUUUGAAAACGUUGUAUAACAUGAACUCUAAGACCAAGAAAUAUUGCUUUCUGUACCUUUUUUGUCGAUAACACAAACAAUACAAGGCCACUUACAAAAUUUAGCGAUACAAUAAGAAGAGCAAAAUAACAACAACAACAAAUCUGACACAAUCAAAAGCGUACUUUGUAAGUUUUCCCCUUGAUUUCAUUGGAUAUAGUUUGAAGGGGAAAUAUUAAUUUUGGAGUGUCUAAUCACAAUAAUUGUUCUGUCAUUGAAGAUAACUGCAUAACAUGGGACUUUGUGCAGAACAUUUUCCAUAUAUACUUUUCUAUACAAUUUCUGCAAUCACUGUUCAUGCAGAAAAGUUAUGAAUAUUACCGUUAUAAUUACAAUUCAUGUGGAGAAAACUUAAACCCUGCUGUGUCAACUCAUAGCGUACUUUGUCAUGCUUUGGCAUACUGAGUAAAUUUUUUUCUUCAUAUUUUGGAGCAUUUGAAAGGAAAUGCUAAAACGGCAAUUUCAGAUAACAACAUCAUAAAACUUAUUACAAAAAUGAAAAGAAAGUAUGUAACCAAAUCAUAAAACAAGAAAAUUUGUUGACAAACAUUCAUAUAAAAGAGAGCGGUAUUUUCAAAUACUUUGUGUAUUUAUUACGUAGGCCUAUUGAAAUUUUUAAUGGGAUCUAAUUAAAGGUUUUAUUAAGAUACAUGUCUACAUUAAGACCGGUCAUAAAAGGAAAGUAUGCUCUAACAUAGGACUCAGACAAAUCACUCAUAAAAAUCACGACAAUGUUUUAAACAAGAUGAAUCACAAUGGUAACGAGUAUAACGGAACUUCACGUAUGAGAUGAUUACACCUCUUGUUCAUAAUUAUAAAGUAUUAUAUUAAACCUGUGUUUGAGUUUUUUCCCAAUAGAUACGAAAUAGUUCAAGUUUGGACUUUAUCUCCACUACCUGGGCUGGGGAGUAGAAAAGUAUCCCACUACACUGGUUGUACCCAUAUGACCUACCCACAUAGGGCAAUGGGGAAAUCGUGUCGUAAGGUGGCACAAUAUUUGCACGAAUCACCAAACAAUAAACUUAAUGGCAUAGGUUCAGCUUUGGGAUUGGCAAAUACAUUAGUUUGAUUGCAAAAUUAAUUUCCGUGACUUUCUCUCCCGACAGCAUUGGAGUGAGGCCUGUUCGCACAAAACUGAACAUAAUCGCCACCUAUGUUAGGUGUAUAGGUGGAUAUGUGCGCUAUAUAGUUUUAAGUGCCUAUUAUAGCAUGAUUCAGCACUACGGUUCAUCAUACUAAUGCUUAAAAGUAUAUUGCUCGCAUCAAAAGAUCAUAGAAGAAUACGUCACUUGCGAUCAGAGAGCUGCUUCAUGGUUUUCGCUCAUUUUUUUUUUAUUCAUAAUUUGCAAUAAUGACUAAUCAUUAAAGCUCUUAAAAUAUGACACGUGCACUUUUCAUAGGAAUUCACAGUGAUCAACAAAAUGUAAUGUUCUUGAGUCAGAGUGUGAUUAAAUUGUCAGCUAUUGUUUUAUUUUUUUUAGAUAAGAAAUUACAAAAUUCUAGUCAAAUUGAUGAUGGGCCGGUAACUGUAUGAGCUUGUAUCUCCUAGCAUUAUUGAUAUAGGUUUUAUGCAUCGAGAUUUAUGCAUGCAUUCUUUUUUUAUACACUGUUAGAAAAUUUAUCCUUAAAAUAAAAGAAGUUCCAGCAGCAGAGCCUCGAGAACACCUGUAAUCUUACCAGAUUACGUAAUCUUACAGGAAAUUGGUAUUUGGUGUAUGGAAUCUUCCAAAUUUCCUUAAAUAAAACACUCUUUUCCCCUUUUUAAACAGACCUGUUCUGUCAAAUUGCAGAAAAAUUCCUGUUUUAUGAAUUUACGGAAUGAUUCUGUUAUUGCUUUCUGCAAAAUCUUAUUUUUUUCUGUAAAAUCAGGGUUUUUUAACAGUGUAAACAUAUUGAUAUAAAAUCGGUUUGGUAUAUUUAUUUAGGAAGUAUGGAUAUAUGAUGUUUUCUUCACGUCUAAAAUUUAUAAUAUUAAGACGCAGUUUCGAUAUCCGAUGACGCAUCUAAAAGAGGAUACAGGCCUAUCCUCCUCAUAAAAAGAUUUAUUUACAAAAGUCUUUUUUAUUAUACCAAUCGGGUUUGGACGUUGUUUCAUGAUAGUUUCUUGCUUCAAGAACUCAGAACAAAAUUAUAGUUAUACACUGACAUAGUAACGAACCUGACUUGUUGAGUGAUCUUAUUGAAUAUUUUGUUUGGAUUGCGUGCUUGAGAUAACGCGCAAUGAAACAUGAUAAUGUAUAUAUUAUAUGUUAAUUUAUGAUAUCGCAAAAAGUCGUUGGUAACUCUUAGUUUACAUCGUAUUUAUGCACAGUAAAAAAAUAAUACGUCUCAUUCCUUAUCUUCACAAGAUUUCCAGAUCUAGCAUGAUUCCAGUCAAAAUUGACAAAGUUUUUGUAGAAUUAAAGUUAUCAUCGAACCUUGAGAGAAUUGAAUCCUUUCCUAUCUCAUUUUUCACAUUUCUAGUCAAAUAGCUAGAUUAUGAUAUACUAUAUAAAAUGGCUUUAACUAAUUCAGACUCUCCCCAUUUUAAGAGUUGUCUGUUCCGGUCGAAUUGUCAUGAUUCCAUUCAAAAUUACCAUAUUUUCAAAACUAGAAUUCUAGUAAAUUUUAUAACAGGAUUUGCACAAUUUAGUGGAUGAGCCUUGCGAUCUAAUUGAUUACUCAAAUUGCUUCAUCUAGUCAUUUCAUAUAUUCAGAGAUGACAAGAGCGAUAUAGUGAGUAAAAUUGGAUUAUAUUUAUUUGUUUUCAAAGUCUACAAUGGGCUAAUGAUGCUGAUGGUAUUGUUUUAAGGGGUUGUAAGAUAUAACGUUUAGACUUUGCUAGAUGACUUGAUAUGUCCUUUGAAUCAUUUCAAUAAUAAUUGAACACAAAUAUUCUUAUCUUGUCUUUUAAAAAUAAAGCAAUACAUAUAAGAAUGAUAGCAAAUGAUAUGUAAAUUAUUAUGGAAUGGAUGAUGCCUUCACCUUGUCUGUGGCUGUAUAUAUUACUUUGAAUGUUAUGAUAAAUCACUCUGUAAUGGAUUAUUUUAUUUUCAUCACUUUCCACGCCUUUCCUAAAAGUCAAUAAAACUCCGUCCUUAUCGUAAAAUUAAUGAGACGAAGUGUUCAUUAUAUAUGCAAUGUCGGUGCAUGUCGCAUCAAUAUUUUAUGGUAAUUAAGUAAUAGAAGGUUGAAUUGCUACCAGGGUUUUACAGAAGGAAAAGUGACUAUCCUCUUCGAUUAAAGUCUCUAUGGCUAUAUGCGCCAAUAUGAUCGGUGACAACUGCUCCUGUAUGUAGUAAUGUCUCGCAACUAACACGUGGUAACAAACAACUAGAUUAUGCCGAGCCAGUAGGAUUCAAAAUUUAUUAAUUUAAAUGGCAUUAGCUAGAGUUGCAAAAUAGACGUAGAAUGAUUAUUUUUUAAAUACAAUAACUUAUCAUUGAGUCAAUAAAAUUGGUAAAGGUAUAGUCCCACUUUCUUUAAAUGCAUGUGACAAGAAACUUUGUUUUUCAAAUUUGGUAGUUCGCAAGCAGACAAACAGACUUUAUAUGAAUAUGCUAAAAAGCCAUAUUCCAUCCAAGAUUACGACCAAAGCUAUAAAGAUUUACGAUAAAGAGUAUAUAUCAAAUAUAACAAUGCCUCACGGUGAUUGUAUAUUUCGUGUUUUGACAUGUGCUUUGAAUAUUGUUCAUUGUUAUCAUGGUUAUAGGACAUCCAAUAUUCAAAACUACUUUGGAAUAAUAUUUUUCUUUACCAUUUUAAUAUGAAAUCAGGACACCAUUACACAAAGCUUAACAUUGAUUGCUUUUUCCGUUUGAUUAUAUGAAUAAUGAUUAUAUAUAAUCAUUCGUACGAUAUAUGUAAUCAAUAUUGUAAGCUCUGUGGUCUGAGUCCUAGUAGUCCGGUUUAAAGUGAUCAAAGAGAUAUUACUUUUACUUUCACAUAUUUUGCUACCCAUUAUUUUAACCCGAGAUUUAGCCUUUAACUAUGAAAACUAGGUACACCUUUGUAAGUAUAUUAAACCGAGUAUAAUAUAUGUUUGUGACACUGAUCUGGAAACGGUUGUAGUCGAGGGGUUUAUCAUACAAUCAGUUCGUGUAUAUCCGUUUAAUCCAAUCAACUUGUGAUUGAUGGGACAUCCUUUGUCCUAAGAUUGAUUACGUUCCCAAAGGAACAUGAGGGAGUUCGAGAUAGACCAGUAGAUUUUAAGGGAUAUCGGCUUACAAAUUUAAAGCAGGUCUAUUGGCUGACGAGAGCUAUUGGUGUUAUAUAUUUAUCGCUUGCUUUAUUUCAAAUUUUGUUUAUCAUGACUGAUGAAAGAAAGUGCCUCUUUUGUGCUGUCUUGUUCAUAUUUGACAUUCCAGGAAUGCAAAUGACUUUCCCUUUAUUUUCUACUUGCUUGUAUAUCACGUGAGAAUGACAAAUAAAUCAAAUUUCUUGACAUU